AUGGAAGCGGCCAUCAAUCGAAACGUGUUCAAAUUGUUCGGUUUGAUGCCCAUAGUGGCUCCAAGUGGUGGUGCUCUUUGGAAAACUUUACUUAACAUAGCCUACAGUUUGUGCUUAAUUUUGUUCCUGCUCGCUCAGCAGGUUAUGAUUUAUCAAAUACAUCUGGAGCGGGACUUUGCGGGGCUUUUCAUAAGCACCAUCAUGUUACUUACAAGCAUCGUUAUCCUUGUCCAGGCUCUGCUGUCCGCUAAAGGGCUACAGGUUCUGUUGGGUGAGCUGGCGGAGAUUGAGCAUGCCACGCAAUCGUCACGACUCGCUGCUGGAACUGCAGGACGGACACGAUACAGUGUAAUGUUCUACAUCACAUACCUGGUCGGUGUUUCGCGGGGCAUCUAUCGAACGGUACUGAUGGUAUAUCUCGAUAUGCGUAAGGUCUGGAUUGCGCUGCAGCUACUCGUUCCGUCGCUGAUUAUUCUGGCGCGAAUCAAUCAGCAAAUUCACCUGAUGGAGCUGUUCGCUGGUCAACUAGAGCGGCUAGUAGACGAACUGGCCUUGCUCUUCGACGACGAUUAUGGCCAUGACGGGCAACUGAUUUCUGCCGACGCGGUUACCAGGUAUCGCGUCGGAAAAACCAUCCAGCGGAUGGAGCACAUUUUCGGUCGACUGCAGAAAUGUUUGAUUCUAUUCAACGAUCUCUUCGGAUGGUCUACUGCCGCGUUGGUGGUGUUUGCCUUCGUCAACAUCACGUUCCAGUUUCGCAGUCCUAUGAAACCACUUCCGGUUCACGCGCAACUUGUAGACAUCUUCUAUACCAUAAUGUGGUUACUGUUCCUGUGCCACGCGUCAAGCGAUACGACUACCAAAGUGAAUGAAACGCGCCGUCUCCUACUCAAACCGUUCUAUCACGCUUCGCUGUGGGAGCAGAUACACAAUUUCAUCGUCCGGAUCCAACUCCAACCGUUCGAGUUUACGGCGAACGGACUGUACUCGAUCAACUAUGGUCUUUUCAGCUCGACCCUCGCGGCAUCCGCAACUUAUAUCGUCAUCAUGUUCCAGUUUGAUCAGAAGGUACUGGAAGUUUAG